UGUGACUGGAAGGAUAAACAAUUGAGGUAAUUGUGGUUGUUAUCUCUAAGUGAUCGGAUCAAAGUUAAUGCACUCCACAAAUAUUUUUUUAAGCACCUAAUCUGUGCCAGGCACUGAAUCACUGAGGUUAAAAGGGUGAAUAAUUCAAAUAUAGGGGUCUUUUAAAAUUCCCUUGUUUUUCUCCUUUUCCCAAGUUUUCUGCUUGAGCAUGCAUGCAUUACUUUUUAAUUAGAGAAAGAAAUGCUGUUAAAGACCAAAAUGUUAAGAAACCUUCAGACCCCAUUCCUACCACUGUGGACUCCUAGGAAUUUGGACCCCAAACCAAGAACCAGGGUACUGUCAGGGUUCUGAGGUCCCCUCUAGUUCUCUGACAUUCUAAGAAUUCCAAAGAGAUAUGCUGGACUUAAAUCAGGGGAAAACAACUUGAAGGGUUGGAUGGCGGAAAGAGAAAGUUUGGGUCAGACUGCCUUGGACUCCAGUUGCAAGGAAACUGGUGAUACCAUAUAGGAAGAGGACUGUUUACACUGUCUCCAGUGAAUGUGGGACAGUCCACACUAAGAAUUCAAGAGUAGAAGGGGACAGAUAAUCCCAUUGUAAUUAGUAUCACCAUGAGUCUCUUCUGCAACUAUGGGAUGAGCAGAAACGUGGCCCUUAAUGUCUGAAGACACAGACCCUAAUGACCAAACACUUUGGCCUUAAACACCACAGAGAGGUCAUGAAUCAGGCAGGUGGUGCCCCAGCCAGUUGGUCCUGAGUAUGCCAUGUCCCAACCUGGACAUGCUCAGGAAACAAGACUCUGGGAGCUCAAACCUGUUUUAGGAUUUGGCAGACUCCCAGCUGCCAAGACACGAUCCAGGGUCAGAGUCUACAUUCCCCACCCACACCAGAGACACGGUCACACACAGAAACAAAGAGCUUAAGAAAGAUAGCACCAUGGGGAAUUAAAUUCAAAAUUUAAUUAAAUUUAAAAGCUGAGGGGAACCUGGGUGGCUCAGCCAGUUGAGUGUCCUACUUCGGCUCAGGUCAUGAUCUUGCAAUUGGUGAGUUCAAGCCUCACAUGGGGCUUGCUGCUGUCAGCCUGUCAGCACAGAGCCCACUUCAGAUCUUCUGUCCACCUCUCUCUGCCCCUCCCCCGCUUAUGCUCUCUCAAAAAUAAAUUAACAUUUUAAAAAACAAAAAAAUAAAACACCAAAACAGAGAGAGACCUGCACAUAGAUGCAGAUCUAGGCUCUGAAAUGCUGGCCAAAAGCAAUUGAGAUGGUAGGGAGAUGUGUGUAAUUAUAUAGAGCACUGCAGAGCAGUGUACCAGGGGAUCCUGACAGAGACCUAGAAAGGAAAACAAUGGAAAUCUGAAGAACAUUUGGAAAGAGGGAAAAUGAAGUAAAGCUGGAAUGGAUGUGAGAGAAAGAUCACACAUACAGACUCGAGACUCCAGUUAACAUGGUGCUUCUGUCCUCUGUGCUUCCCAUGACCUUCUCCACUUCAACUAGAUAAGUCAUUACCACAUUCUAUCUUGUUUAGGUCCAUCCAAUUCAGAUACUAACAUGUACCUUCCAUGUGUCAGUGUCUAACCAAGGUGCUGACAUCACAGCUAACCCAGACAAUGAGCUGACCUUCCACAUUACACACUGGAUCAGAUUUCUGUAGAUGGCUCUCAAUUUGGCUCCAGAAAUAGCAACCUAGAUUGCUAGGCUGACCACCUCCUUGGAGGACAGCAGUUGUUCAGCUGUGCAAGUUUUGGUAUACAGUAUGACAGUCUGACAAGGCAGAUAAUUUGGGGUGCUAUAAAAAUGCAAUGUCAUGCUCUUGGAACAGUUGUGGUUUGACAAACACAAGUCAUUGACAAUGAGCUCCCUGAGGGCAGGGAAGGUGUCUUAGUCAAUUUGGUUUUUCUCAAGUCCUGGCAAGGUGAUCUGCAGAGAGAAAAAUGUUCAAUAAUGGUUAGUGAAUAAAAGACUUAAUCAAAUACUGGACCCUGCCCUUAUGGAACUCAAGGCUAUUAGACCAGAUAAAAUGUAAUAAAUCACCAUAAUAUAAAUUGGAUGGUGGGCAAGGUAAUUAGCAAGGGCAGGCAAAGAACCGGGGUGGUUCAGAGGCACCAGAAAUCUCUUCCUGUGGUAUAGAGUGGAGGAGGUGGCCUUUGAGCUGAGUCUUGAACCACAGAAGGUAUACAGACGAGAGAGUAAAACUAUUUAACAGGGUAGUGGGUGCACAAGUACUGAUUCAUGUACUAGAAGCUGGUUGGGACAUUCAAAUGGGGUCCUUGGGCCUCUGCUGUUCCAGGCAUUACCUCUUUAGAUAAGAGAUCAUUAGAGUCCCCAGGAAGAAGUGAGGUAGCAGAGCACCCGGAAGCUAGGGGCUAGUUCUCAACAGGGUUAGAAAUACUUCAAUAUAUUUCUCUAAUCCAUACAACCAAACUGGUACAUAUGUACUGAAUGGUAGCCCCAGAUACGAACUUCCUGAGAUGGCCUGACUCUCUUCUGGUUUGUUGAAGCCAUAGAAACCUUAUUAGAAUGUGAGCUACAGAAAGGAAAAAAAAAAAAAAAAGAAUGUGACCUACAGAACAGUAGAGGCUGUUCUCUAGUUCAAUGCUGUAUCCCUAGGGCUUAGAAUGGUCCCUGGAGAAUUGGAGGAGUCUCAAUAAAUGUUUCUCAAAUGAGUAGGCAGACUGGGAACCCCAAGUCUUGGGGUCCUUUUACUUUUCAUCUCCUUGCACCCACUCUUCCCUUCCAAUCCAUGUUGCACACUAGCCAUCAACACAACCUAGUAUGAGACUUGGAUUCUGUCAUUCUCUUGCACAAGAUAUUUGAUGCCUUUCCUUUGCACAAAAUACCACUCUCCCCAUUGUUUUUAGUAAUUGAAUUUCUACUUCUUCAAAGCCCUGAUCAAAUUUUGCCUACUCCUGUACUACUUUCUGAGGCAAAAUUGAUCUCUCUCCCCUGAAUAUUGUGAUAGUGUUUGCCUUCACUCACUAGAUAGUGAGCUCCUUAGGACAGGGACUGUGUUUUAUUCAUUUCUGUACCUUUAGUCCAUAGGCCAGUGCUGGACAUAGUGGAUGCUAAAUAACUGUUAAAUAUAAGAGUGACACUAGAUGAACAAAGGUGGUCAAAAGUCUGGGGGGUGGGGUGGAAAUGAUAGUUUAAUUUGAAUGGAGUAUGAGGGAGAGUAGUAGGAGAUAAAAUGGAAAGGCUUCUUGGAUAAGAUUUUGAAGGGACUCGGAAGUCAACUAGAAGAAGAAGGUGGACAGAUGGAAGCCAAUGAAGGUUUUUGAGCAGAGGUGUAAUAUGAUAAAUAAAUUUAGUUUAAGCCCAUCAGAGUCCCUCUCCUACAUAUAUUCAGUUUUCCAUUUAUAUUCAGAUUAGCCUCCCACCUGCCUAUGUGUCCACGCACCCCAGGCCUCCCCAGCAGCUUGUCCUACCCCUUUACCUGCUCCUUGUCUGGGCCAGGGAGAUAUACAUGGGCUGCUUCCCCUCUUAGCCAGAAGCUGUGGGGGCCCCAGCUCCCUGUCUUUCCCCCUCUCUGCCUGGGGCUGGGAAGCAGGCCAGGGUUAGCUGAGGCUGGCUGGUGAGCAGCUGGGCGGUGCCAGGGGGAGCCUGUGCCAGGUGGUGCCUUGGGUUCCAGGCUGAGCCUGUGACCCCGAUAACCUCCUGCCUGUGCACAUACCUGCCCCUCACUCCACCCCCACCCAGGCUUUGGUAUCGGGGAAGGGGCAUAGGGCCAGGCAGACCCACGGGACUUUGGCUCCAUCUCUACAAAAGGGCCCUCUGUGAGUCAGCCUGCUCCCCUCCAGGCUUGCUCCUCCCCCACCCAGCUCCUGUUUCCGAUGCACGUACAGCCCGUACACACUGUGUCUGGGACACCCCACAGUCAGCCGCAUGGCUCCCCUGUGCCCUAGUCCCUGGCUCCCUCUGUGGAUCCCGGCCCCUUCCCGGGGCCCUGCUGUGCAACUGCUGCUGUUACUGCUGCUCCUGGUGCCUGCCCAUCUCCAGAGCCUGUCCCGGAUGCAGGGGGCACCUGGGUUGGGAGGAGAUUCAUCUGGGGAAGAUGAUCAACUGGAUGGGGAGAACCCACCCAGUGAAGAGGAUCCACCUGGAGAGGAGGAUCCACCUGGAGAGGGGGACCCACCUGGAGAGGACCCAUCUGGAAUGAAGACUGAACCAGGAGAAGAGGACUCUCUGAAGUUAGAGGAUCUACCUACUGUUGAGGUACCCAGGGAUACUCAAGGCUCCCAGAAUAAUGCCCACAGGCACAACAAAGGAGAUGACCACAGUCAUUGGCGCUAUGGAGCCGACCCGCCCUGGCCCCAGGUGUCCCCAGCCUGCGCAGGCCGCUUCCAAUCGCCGGUAGAUAUCCGCCCGGAGCUCGCCGCAUUUUGCCCCGCCCUGCAACCUCUGGAACUCCUAGGCUUUGAGCUCCCGCCUCUCCCAGAACUGCGCCUGCGCAACAAUGGCCACACCGUGCAACUGACCCUGCCUCCGGGGCUGGAAAUGGCUCUGGGUCCCGGGCGGGAGUACCGGGCCCUGCAGUUGCAUCUGCACUGGGGGGCUGCGGGUCGCCCGGGCUCGGAGCACACGGUUGACGGCCACCGUUUCCCUGCCGAGAUCCACGUGGUUCACCUCAGCACUGCAUUUGCCAAAGUUGAUGAGGCCUUGGGGCGCCCGGGGGGACUAGCCGUGCUGGCCGCCUUUCUGCAGGAGGGCCCAGAAGAAAACAGCGCCUAUGAGCAGUUGCUGUCACAUUUGGAAGAAAUCGCUGAGGAAGACUCAGAGACUUGGGUCCCAGGACUGGAUGUGUCUGCACUGCUGCCCUCUGACCUCAGCCGCUACUUCCGCUAUGAGGGGUCUCUAACCACACCCCCCUGUGCCCAGGGGGUCAUCUGGACUGUGUUCAACCAGACAGUGAGGCUGAGUGCUAAGCAGCUCCACACCCUCUCUGCCUCCCUGUGGGGACCUGAUGAUGCUCGGCUACAGAUGAACUUCCGAGAGACGCAGCCGUUGAAUGGGCGAAUGAUCGAGGCCUCCUUCCCGGCUGGAGUGGAGAGCAGCCCCAGGACCAUUGAGCCAGUCCACCAGAAUCCCUGCCUUGCUGCUGGUGACAUCCUGGCCUUGGUUUUUGGCCUCCUCUUUGCCGUCACCUGCAUCGCCUUCCUUGUGCAAAUGAGAAGGCAGCAGAGACUCCGAAGUGGGACCAAAGGGAAUGUUAGCUACCACCCAGCAGAGGUCACCGAGACUGUUGCCUAGAGUCCUUGGAACUUGGAGAAUGUGCAGAGAAGCCAGCCAGAAGAAUCUGAGGGGGAGCUGGAGACUGUCCUGUCCUACCCUUUACACCACUUCCUUUUUAAGGUCCAAAUAUUUUUUUAAAUAAAUGUUUCUAAUAAAAUAUAUGGAAGGCA